GGCCCGGGCGGCGGGCGGCCGCGGUAUGUCAUGCAGGUGGCGGCCAAGGACGGGCAGCUGCUCUCCUCCGUGGUGCGGACUCUCACCACGCAGAGCAGUCCCUUCAAUGACCGCCCGAUGUGCAGGAUCUGCCACGAGGGCAGCAGUCAGGAAGACCUGCUUUCUCCUUGUGAGUGUAUGGGGACGCUGGGGACCAUCCACCGCAGCUGUCUGGAGCACUGGUUGUCCUCGUCAAACACUAGCUUCUGCGAGCUCUGCCACUUCAGGUUUGCAGUGGAGCGCAAACCCAGGCCGCUGGUAGAGUGGCUGAGGAACCCAGGUCCCCAGCAUGAGAAGCGGACUCUCUUCGGAGACAUGGUGUGUUUCCUGUUCAUCACUCCACUGGCAACUGUCUCUGGCUGGCUGUGCCUGCGGGGAGCUGUGGACCACCUGCACUUCAGCAGUAGGCUUGAAGCUGUCGGCCUCAUUGCACUCACUGUUGCACUCUUCACCAUUUACCUCUUUUGGACCUUAGUAUCAUUUAGAUAUCACUGUAGAUUAUACAACGAAUGGCGUCGGACCAACCAGCGGGUGAUACUCCUUGCCCCCAAGUCUGCCAACAUUCCCUCCAACCAGCAGUCCCUGCUGGGCCUGCCAUCAGUCAAAAGGAACUCAAAGGAGACAAUGGUUUGA